AAGUACGGGGCUUCGAGACUUGGGAAUCAUUGGAAGGCCCCCACAUUGGCGUCGUGUCUAGUAGCCUGCAGGAGUUAUUACCCAAGUUGUUACAGUGUUGUGUUCAAUGUAAAUACACGGAAUUGUACCCCAGGAGAUAAAAUCAUGCAUGGUGUACCAAGACCAAGUAACUCCACGGGGGAUAAGUUUUACUUCACUGAUUACUGCAACCAAACACAGGGAUACAGGCUCUAUAUUUACAAAAGUGUUGUGGACUGUUUUUAUUUGGCCCAGAAAUGGGCCAUUUACACAGAAGCCCAAUCCAACUGCUCAGCCAUUGGUGGUAGAGUCAUGCAGGCCAAGACCCAGGAUAGAUAUGACUUAUUUCUUCACUUUGCAAGGAAUGUUUUUGGGACCUUCACAUUCCUUGGCCUGACGGACCAAGUGACAGACGGAAUAUUUCAAUGGGAAGACGGUGAGGUGAUCAAUCCUACCUGGAAGAACACAAUCUACAUGUAUGGUGAAGGCACAGCUAAUAGUCUCACAGAAAACUGUACAGUGGCUGCCAACUACAGUAGCUUUAUUUGGGUUUAUGACGGAAGAUGCGAUUUAACAACAAAACGCCAUUACUAUAUCUGUGAAUUAAUUACUUAAUCACUUUAAUAAUCUUCUUACUUUUAUUACCAUUACAUCAUUUGAAAAACACCAGACUUAUUGUGUAGUGUCCCUAGCAUCUAAAUCAUGUUAAAACAUCAGAACAUUGUUGUUGAGUUUCAUGUUUGUAU